UUCAUGGUCUAGGUCCUGCUUGCUUUCCUCGGGAAAUAACGGCGGUAUUGAUUUUCCGUCGAGGAGGUGUGAGCGAGUGAGCGAGCGAGGCAGCCAGCCGCCAGCUUGGUCGCUCUCUGCUGCUGCUGCUGGAUAUGUUUUCACAAAUAGGUUAGCGCCAGCCAGUUGGGUGUUGUUGCUCUUCGAGAUGAGCUAAGCCAACAUGCAUCUGCACUUCGAGAGGAACCUGAACGCCAAGUGCGACUGCUCCAUCCUGUCCCUGACGUGGAUGGGAAAAGUACCUGAUGAGCUGCCGGAGGAUGAAGGUUGGAAGCUGAGCAGGACAAAUUACUACCAAGAAGGCUGGCUGGCGGCGGGCAACGUGCGGGGCAUUGUCGGCGUCACCUUCACCACUUCGCACUGGCGCAAAAAUUCAGAGUUUCCCCUGAGAACCAACUACAACCUUCGAGGACACCGCUCAGAGAUAAUUCUAGUGAAAUGGAACGAGCCGUACCAAAAACUGGCGUCGUGCGACAGUUCUGGAAUUAUUUUCGUGUGGAUCAAGUACGACGGCCGCUGGAGCAUAGAACUAAUCAACGAUCGCAACACCCCAGUCACUCACUUCUCAUGGUCGCACGACGGCCGCAUGGCCCUCAUUUGUUAUCAGGACGGAUUCGUGCUGGUGGGGUCUGUGGCCGGGCAGCGCUACUGGUCGUCCAUGCUGAGCCUGGAGUCGACCAUCACGUGCGGCCUGUGGACGCCGGACGACCAGCAAGUGUACUUCGGCACCACGUCGGGCCGUCUGAUCGUGAUGGACGUGCACGGCGCCAUGGUGUCGCAAAUUCAGCUGUGCCAAGACUUCGGGCCGAUCGUCUCCAUGGCCUGGAGCUGCGAAAAGUUUAAGAUGGAGGAAAAUGAAUCUGACACUACUAGUCCAUAUCACAACCGGGGUUUCGUGCUGGCGGUUUGCUUCAAGAACGGCAACAUUUUGCUGAUGAAGAGCUUCGACGACGUGUCUCCGAUCCAGCUGCAGACCGGACUGCUCGGCGUGUGCAUCGAGUGGAGCAACUCGAGGCAACUGCUGGCGGUGGCGGGCACCAAAGCAUCGACCGUGCCUUCCGACAGCCAGACGAACGUGCUCCAGUUCUACUCCGACAACGGAGUGCUGAUCCACUCGACGGCCAUUCCGUACAGGCAGUCCAACGUGACCGCCCUGACUUGGGGCCACAACGACAAGCGCCUUUUUAUCGCCACGGGGUGCCAGAUGCACAUCGCCUGGGUGUCGACGAGAAUUGCCAGCCUGCAAAUGCUCAGCGGUUUGAAAACGCACAUGCAGCUGAAGUCCGAGAGCCAGGUGCCGGCUCUGCCCCUUCCGCCCAGAAUUCGAGUUUUUCUGUCGAACCUGUUUGCUCAGACUAUCAGAGUUAGUGAGUGCUACCUGCCAGAAAUCAAUCAGAUGCGCCAGUUCGUCAGCAGACCGCCGAGUAAAAACUUCCGGCUGUACUGCACCAUGAUCAGACACGACGAAGACACCAAUCUGACUGCUGGAACCUGCUAUACUUUGUACUUGGAAUUUUUAGGAGGACUAGUCCCUCUGCUCAAGGGCAAGAGGACCAGCAAAAUCAAACCAGAAUUUGUGAUAUUUGACCCUCAAGUGGAAGAGACGGAAUUGUUAGACGUGACAAAGCUGCGCUUGAAUGACGUGUCUCCAAACGGCCGGUUGACGUCCGACUCGUCCGACUCGGACAUGGACGACGGUUGUGCCAGUCCGCGGGUCCAAAUGAGACAAAGGCGGUGCCGGCGGGCGCACGAGAAACGGGACCUCGUAGAAAUCGAUGAUCUGACUUAUGUAGAUAUUUUACCAGAGUACGCCAGGCUGGUACAAGUGACGUCCAACAUUUGGGGAACGAAAUUCAAAGUGCACGGCCUGGCAAAGUCGUUGCCCGAGAACCUGGGACACAUAACCUACAAAACGUCGUUGCUGCAUCUGCAACCGAGGCAAAUGACGCUGGUAAUGACUGAGCUCGGUGAUGACGUUGUUCUCGGACCCGACCCAAAUUUCAACCCUCAUCUCUUUUCUGAGGAUGAGGACGAAGCGGCGAGCGAAGUGGAUCAACGGAGCCUCCCGCUGACGGACCUGGCCCUGCCGAUCGCGCCGAUGACGCCGCGUCCGGCCGGCGAGUCGCGGCGCCUGCAGCAGCAGUCGUCGCGCAGCUCGCGGCCCAGCACCAAGGCGACCGAGAAUUCCGCCAGCCUGCAGCGGGCACCCAGUUCGCUGCCACCCCUGUGCGGGGGUGAGCCCCAAACGCCCAAGCACACCGUCGCGCCGCGCGAAGACCUGCCCUCCGAGCCCAGCACCAGCAUGCGGGUCAAGUCGUCCAUCAAGGUGGCAAGCCAAUUGGACGAGGCAAAGGAGCAGAGCCGGACGAAGCGUCGGGAGAAGCAGGCGUGCAGCCACAAGCAGGCGGUGUCGUCGCUGUGCAAGGAGGAGGAGGCGGCAGCGGCGGCGGCUGUGGCGGCGGGGGCAGUGACGGCCCCCGGGCGCGGCCCCACGGUGGUCAAUCCGUCCACGUACAGCAUCCUGCUGGAUCCAAUGGUGCGCUCGUGCAGCGUCGGCUACCUCGACCUGGUCGACCUGACGCUCAACUCGCACGGCCCGCUCGGCGACCCCGCCGACGCGCCCCCCAAGCGGCUCGUGUUGGUGCACAAGAAGGAGCAGCCGAAACCGAAACUCAGCAACUGCGGCAAGAGCAAGAGCUUUGACUCCAGCGAAAUCUUCCCCUCGGCAGAAAGAAAGAAGCAGGCUCGCGGAAACGCCAACAUGACUUUCCAGAAAUCGCAGGUGACGCGGAAGCCGGUGCAGAAGAAGGAAGUGGAGCAAACGGAAAAUAAAGACUUAAAGGCCGAGGACCAUGUUUUUGUGAACCAAAACGACGGACUGGCGAGCAGCGCGACCGAACACAAUAAUCACACGUCGCGACUGCCGCACAGUUCGCCGGCCAGUCCAGCCUUAGGAAAGAAGAAAAGGAACCAGUCUCCCCUGAGAAGCUUUGCUUUGGAUUGCAGGAGACACCUUCUCAACUCACCCUUGUUGUCAAGGCGUGUGUGGAAAAACCGCAACACAAAUGAAAGUUCCGACGACGAAGUUGCGUGUCCUAACGAGGAAGUGAUAAACGGGCGCAACUUUCGAGAUCUCGAAACCUUUCAGAAAGCGCAGUUAAGACAAAAGUUAAGAAAAGGAAAAAACGACCCUCCCUCCGUACCUGCUGCUGCGAGGCACAGGGAAUUUGUGAUGCAUAACAAGGCCCCCAUGUGGAACGAGAACAGCCAGGUUUAUCAGCUCGACUUUGGCGGCCGCGUCACGCAGGAGUCGGCCAAAAACUUUCAGAUUGAAUUCCGAGGAAAGCAGGUUAUGCAGUUCGGCCGAAUUGACGGAAAUGCUUACACGCUUGAUUUCCAAUAUCCUUUCUCAGCCCUCCAAGCUUUUGCAGUUGCACUCGCCAAUGUUACUCAACGUCUGAAGUAAACUCUAAUAUUGACUACACACUCACACGCAAUCUGAUGGUUUUUACACGAUUUUUGAUCAAGAAGUGAAUUAAGUGAAAGCAGAGCUGCGCGCGCGCGUGGCAGAAAAGUUGGAAAUACAUAUGUUUUGAUCGUGUGAUUUUAAAUGGUUCGUGGGUUAUCUCGUUGUUAUCAUCGUUGAGUUGCAAGUUGAAUUAAAUUACAGCAGAGCAGUUAAGUUUGAAUAAAAACACUGUUGAUUGUCCAUAUUACAUUUUGAAAAAACUGCGAUAUCUGUAUAAUUAUUAUUUGAUUAAUUUUUAAGUGGCAAAACAUUGUACGCUAUAACUAAGAAGUCGGAGUCUGUCAAUUUUGCCUGCCUAUAACGGGAUAUAUAUAUUGUACACAUUUUUGGUCCUUAUUGGGAGCUACGCUAUCGCAUGGGUAUAUAAGUUGUGUGCCGAUGCCGAUGCCGACGACGAGUCGCAAGACAAGUGUUUGUAGCACGAAGAAAUUUUUAUGUCCGCGCAGGCGACACUGUGUAAUUAUAGCGAUUAAAGUGUAACUUGCCAAACAAAUUCUGGACCCAAUAAAACUUUUUUGCAGUUUCAAAACAG